AACCGAGAAGAAGAGAGAAAGAUCUUUAGAACAGAGAAGAAGAGCUUAGAACAAAUAACAGAGACAACACAAAAAAUGUAUUUCGCCGCCAUAGCUUCUUCAAGUAAAAGCUUUUUCUUACCAAACUCUCACGGUUUCCGACACAGUUUCAAACCCAGAUCCAAUAUCCACCUCGCUCGUCCCAACUCAAUCUGUUGCAAAUUUCCACACCACGAAGACGAAACUGAUUCUUCCAAGAAAAAUGAGAAUCAGCUGGCGAAAUUUGCAAUCGCGACGCUAGCGGUUGGCGUUUUGGCUUUGGGAUCCGUUGGGGAUGCGUCUGCGGCUAAGAGCGGUGGGAGAAUCGGCGGUCAAGCGUUUCGUUCUUCAGCUCCUCGGCCUCCUCCAAGAAUUAACAACCGAUCGAGGACCAACAUCUACGUGAAUCCUCCGGUCGCACCACCUUUGAUUGGUGGCUAUGGAUAUGGCUACGGCGGUUAUGGAUGGUCACCGUUUUCCUAUUUUGCCCCUGGACCUGCGGUGGCAGUUGGUGCCGGUGGUGGCUUCGACCUCCUCGUUCUCUUCAUGUUUUUUGGAGCCGCUUCAGCCGUGGCUAGAAACUUUUUCCGAUCAAGAAAUGAAGAAGACGACGAAGAUGACUAUUAGGGGAAAGAAUAAAAAUAAUUAAAGAGGCUUCUGUAAUAUGCUAUUGUAACAUAGUCAAGUAUACGAAUAUAUAUGAUCUUGUGUAUAAAAUUGUGAUGGAAGAAGACGGUUUGUGAACUUGAGAGUAUUAACUAACUAACUAAGACCUUAAAAUUCAUAGA